CCUACUCACAAACCCGGGAAACAAUCACUUUGGUUUUGCUAAAGACGUCAUGAGCAUCGACUGUGAUAUUGCACGGAGUGUUGCAGAAACCUUCUUGCUUACCGGCUCAAUUAUGAAAACAGUUUUGUUUAAAAAAGCAUCGCAUUUCCAAAUUUUCAACAGAGAGGAAAAUAAGUGGCUUUCAAGAAUGGAAGCCAAUGAUAAUCUGCAUAUUUUUAGGAACAUUCACUGUAAACUGGAACCAAGCUUCGCCUGGGUCGUUGGAAAACGAUACCCAUCAUAUCUAUGGCAAUUAGCCAACCUGGUGCAGCUUUCUGCAAUGCCUUCAUAUAAGACAUUCACAUGUAAGAAAUGCAACUCAUCGUGUAAUUGUAUAAUAUUUCAUUUUCUGCAUUGCAAUCAAUUUUUAUCUGAGAGAGACGCAUUUUUUGAGCGACUCAUUGAUAUCUUACCAGUUCAAGAUAGUGUUAUGCUUUUCAAUUUUGAUGAUGAUAUUUUCUUACAGACUGUUCUGGGUAGCAGAAUAGAUUUUGAUGUAGCCAAUGACACCAUUUAUGAAAUGUUCGUUAUCGAAUGUGCAAAUACAUUUUACAAUAUAAAUAUGUAUUUCAAAUAGGUACGCUUGAAUUGUAAUGAUAAAAUGUAUUUAGAGUCAUUUAACUUGUAAAUAUGUAAAUAUUAAUAACCCUUUACUCUUCUGUAAUAUAUGUUUGUAAUGUGAUAUGCAUGUAUAAAUUGUUUUGCUCUCCAAUAAAACGGAGGAAAUAAAGAAACAUAAACAUAAACAUAAAC